AUUAUUGCACGGUCACCUCUUUAUUUCCCUACAGGGCGCACACGGAGUGUUCGUGGUGACCAACUAUUGGGAAUAUUUGGACAAGGAGAGGGAAAUCAAACAGGGCAAGGCCAUAGCCGACGCCGCCAAAGCUGCCGGUGUGAAACAUGUGGUGUUUAGCGGCCUGGAGAAUGUUCAGAAGAUCGCGGGGUUUCCCUGUCCUCACUUUGACGCCAAGGGGCAGGUAGAGGAGUACAUGACUUCCAUAGAACUGCCGAUGACCUUUGUCAGAUACCCCUUCUACUAUGAGAACUACAUCUCUUCUCUAAAGCCACAGAAACUGGAAGAUGUGACGUACGUUUUGGGAGUCCCGAUGGAGGGAGCUGAAAUGGACGCGGUCAGUGCAGCAGACAUGGGUCCUGCUGUCCGGGCGAUCUUCAACAACAGGGCGGAAUGGCUGGGCCGGACUGUGGGCUUCAGCGGAGACAGACUCACCAUCCAGCAACAUGCGGAGAUUCUUUCCAAACACCUUGCACCGAAGGUGUUCAAGGCCAGCGAUAUGACAGCUGACGCGUUUGCCCAACUGGGUUUCCCUGGUGCCGACCACCUCGGAAACAUGUUCAAGUUCAACAGACUUCACAACCCUGACCGGAGUGUGGAGCUGACCCGCCAGCUACACCCCGCCGCCAAGAGCUUCGACACGUGGGUGGCAGAGAACAAGGAGGCGCUGCUAAAGGCACUAGACUAGCUAGUGUCUCAGUUCAGACAUUGCCAAUAACUCGUCAUACAUCUGAAGACGUCUUCACGGUUGUUUUUAUUUUCUAAACUUGUUCAUGCACACAGUCUACAUAUCUAUAAAGAUACAGAUAUAAUAUAGUACAUUCGUUCUGUAUUUUCAUAUAUAUGUAGAUCGCCUUGGGUAUGCAUAAGUACAUGGAUUGCAUCAUUACCUCCGAGAUAUUGUUUUCGGCCUGUUUGCUUGUUUGUAUUGGUGUCUUUUCAAGUUUUUUUUUUCGCUGGCCCGGGUCCAAGUUUGUUCCGGACUGAGUUGUAAGCAGAGACUGGCAGGAAGUGAUGGUUGAGCUGGCCUGCGUACAAAUUUCUUCGGCAGGCUUACAAAAGUGAAGGUUGGCAUGUGGCAGAAAGUCAGGAACCCGGAGAUUGUAUAAAGGUACACAAGGAUAGUAUGUGGCAGAGAAUGGAGCUUGUGAUAUGUGAAAUGGAUAUGGUUCAUGGUCAAGAAUAUGUACAGAAACUCUUUGUUUUCGGUUUAAAUUUCUUGAUAAGAGAAUCGAUGAUAUAUGCUAUGACUAAUAUUGAUAAAAAAAAUUGUGCAUCAAGGAACUGCUUCAGGCGGAAUAAGAAACAAAAAAAAAAUGACUAUACAAGCAACUUAACAAUACGGAAUAAAGUGGGCUGAGAUAAUAAAAACAUUGACUGCCUCUCUCGAUAAUCAAAGUGAUCAAGAUGAUGAAGUGAUUAAGGCCAGAUGAAGGUGUCUUAAGAUAGACCGCGAAACUUAAGUUUGCGUUUUAAGAUGGCAAUGUUCGAGGUAUUUCAACUAUUAUUUCAUUAGAAUUAUUCGGUACAAAUAUGUCAAAAUCGUUUUUCAUCAGAAAAUAGCGGCACAAAAGUCAAUCAUGACUUGCAUACGA